CAGUCACCGGGUGCCUCGCUCCGUCAACAUGUCCACUGCGGUGUGUACACGAUUCCUGCUUCAGAGAGCAACAGAGGGGUUUCUCUUCUCCUCCAGGGCAGUACCCGCUUUCUCAAGCCCAUUUCUUUCUCGUGGUCAUAGAUUGGGACCCAGUGAUGAUGAAAUGUACCAGCGUACCACAGUGUCCGUCAUGCAGAAGGAGCCGGGCAGUGGGGUCAUGAUCCAAAGCUACAGUCCCAGAGGAUUCAACAUCGAUGGCAAUAAGGUGUUUGGACCCUGCGCUGUGCUGCCUCCUGCCAUCCUGCAGUGGAAUGUUGGCAGUCAUAAAGACAUCACAGAGGAAAGUGUCUCACUCUUCCACAUGCUUGAACCAAGAAUAGAGAUUCUUGUGCUGGGCACAGGCGCACGGCUUGAACGAAUUAACCCCUCGGUCCUCGCUCUCCUCAAGAGUAAAGGCAUCGCUGUGGAGGUGCAAGACACGCCGAAUGCAUGUGCAACCUUCAACUUCCUGACCAGUGAGAGGCGAGUUGCAGCUGCUGGUCUGAUCCCUCCACCUGUUAGCACAGCCCUGGAAGUAACACAGGAAUAAGUUCUGUCAUGUCCUUUGAGAUGUUUUUUUUUUCUUCUGCAUAAACCUCCCAAAGGAACAAAAACGGUGACCUCCACCUUCAGUAUUUGGUUACAGCAGUUACUUUAUAGAUGAAUCAUUGACUCAGGUCAUCCAUUGAUCUGAGGCACGCUGGACAUUGAGCUGACAAUGAUCUGCACAAGCAUUUGGACAGCUUUGAAAUCCAAGUGUGUGUGUGUGUGUGUGUGUGUGUGUGUGUGCGCGUGCGUGCGUGCGUGUGUAUGUGUGCACAAGUGCUCAGCAAAUGUAGUCAAGUGAGGGGACACCAAUGACAGAGAAUUAGACUGCAAUAAAGUGCAGCUGUAUUCUUGUAUAGAAAUACUGUGUGUAUAAAUUAUAUAUUUAAAUGCUUUACAUGUAACAAAAAAAUGAGUAUCAUGCAUUUAAUGUGUUUUCAUGCAUACCAUAAAUGUAUAAUAAGACCAACCUAGUAUACUGUAUUUUUUCAAUUUAAACAGACACAGUGAAGAGUUGAUGUUGUCUGUGCAGCAGAUCUAUAGGCAAAGAUAAUUAAAUUUUAUAUGUGUGAAUACGUUCCAAGCCUUUGCCCGAGGUGUUGGUGGCGACUGUCCUUCACUUCGAUAAGCCUCUUAUAUCUGUGCGUUUGUGCGUCCUCUGCCUCCAGCAGCGCUGGCACCAACAAGCUGCCAGUCUGCAGCAUAUGACAUAUUUCAGUGGCUUUGUCCUCUCACUUAAGCUCCAUAGAUAAGAGAAUCCACAAAUCCUCUACAGAUCACUGUGAUUCAUCUCUAAUCAUCUGCUUCUGUGCCACAUGCCCAGCGUCAGUCUGAAUGCUUAAAUCCCUGUUGUUGACAUGCAGGGUGCUGCUUGAUUACAUUCACCUGCUGCUACUAUGUAAUAGUUGCACUGGUUUGGUGCUUAAAGGAUAAAAAAAUAUUUAAUCCAGUCAAAUUAACGCCUGUUGAGUCGC